UCCGGGGACCCUGGGGCUGCUGUUCCUGUGGUAAUGUGGCAGCUGGGACCAUGGCCAGCUUCAGUCUGCCUGGCGUCACAUAAGCCAGCCCACAGGGUCCUGCAGCUUGUCCUUUCUGGCUGGAAGCUCUGGGCAUAGCCUGGGACUGGGUCUCUCCAGAGAGGGCUGUAGCCAGGGCCCUGCCAGCCUCGGGGGCCACAGCGGCUCUCACACCAGCAUCUUGCUGGAUAGGAGCAGUUCCAGGACUCUCUGAUCACACCUGAUCAUCAUCACUGCCAGAAUUCAAGGCAGCUGCCUGCCAUGGCUGAGAGGUGUGCCACAGCUUAACCCCCUCAGUGAUGGACUCCAGUGCCUGCAAGAAGUCUCACCAGAGUAAGAAGUGGAGGAUCCAGGCCCAGGAGAAUUUUGCCAAGAAGUUUCCGUACAGGUUGUCGUGGCUGACAGAGCCCGACCCUGAGCCCCUGCAGCCCUGGGAGGUCACAAAUGACUCAAACACGGUGCAGCUGCCCCUGCAGAAGAGGUUGGUGCCAACGAGGUCCAUCCCAGUCCGAGGGGUUGGUGUGAGGAUUAAAAAGAGUAUGAAUGUCACUUCUAGGACUUUAUCCCAAAUGUACAUUCACACAGGAUUGCCAAUUCCUGUUCUGCAGAGCCGCCCACCUGCCAGCUUGCCUCUUCUCACGGUACUCUCUGGAGGUCCUCUGAACUUGGGACACUCCAGCAGUACCUGAAGAUGGACAGCAGCACGGGGAGCAUCUACCAAUUUGGCUUCAGCAGCCACUCCCCCUCCCUUUGCCCACCCACCAGAGGAGGAUGCCUGCCAGGCCUUCAGCCCAUGUGAUUCCGAUAGGCUCCCCUACGCCUCCACCACCUGCUGGGAUAGGCAUGUGGCCUAGGCCUGUCCAAUCACAGCCUCCCAGCCCUUCCCGCCACCUGACUGGCUCAGAGAUGGGCACUUGAGACCCAGACCGGGCCAAUGGAUGCCUCCUUGGGACUUUGACUGGAAUCAGUGGCAAAGGAGCCCUCUCUAGCUUUGGGUUGGAGUUG